GUGUAGUGAGCGUGUAGAGACUGAACACACUGAGACAGGACUUCCGCCCAGCGCUCUGAUGGAUGUGGGACGGUAAAGACGCUAAGCUAACAGUAAGGGAAGGUCAUGUAGAGCAGCAACAGAACUGCACUGAACACAACAUUCUUCACUGAUAAUGACGUUGAGGAGAAACGGAAACAUGCUGCUGAAUAUUUUAACAGAAAUCAGGACUCUCAGGACUCUUCUUCUCCUGCUGUGCUGUUUACUGUGUGAAGCUGGAGAAGAGACGGUCACACUGCAGGAAGUGGAAGGAACCACUAUAACUCUCCAUACUGGGAUAACUGGAAUUCAGAGUGAUGCUAACAUUCUGUAUUUCUAUGGACCUGAGAAAGCAGAAGAAAACAUAUUCAUUAGUCAUGUCUUUAAAGGAGAAACUUUUACAGAAAUUAAUGAGAGACUUAAAGAUCGACUGCAGCUGGACAGAAAAAGUGGAGCUUUAACCAUCAGGAACAUCAGCAGAACUGAUUCUGGAGUUUAUUUAUUACUUGUCCUUAAUGUCCUUGCUGAACAUCUCUCAUCUAGGACUUUCAGUGUCAUUGUUUAUGAUCCAGUAUCAGCUCCAGUAAUAAUAAAUCAAAGAGGAAACCGAAGUGUGUUUUCCACAGAGCCAUGUUUCUUCCUGUGCUCUGUGGAGAAUGGAGAAGAUGUGAAUUUAUCCUGGUACAGAGAGAAUGAGAGAAUCUCCAUCACCAAUAACACAGAUCUCAGUGUUCCCCUCAAUCUCUCACUUCAAAUACAACACCUUGACAAGAACACUAACACUUACAUCUGUGUGUCUGCAAACCCUGUCAGCUAUAAAACAACUUCUCUCAGCAUCACACAGCUCUGUUAUCACAACUCAGGUGAAAAUGCUCAUUCUCGUUCGCUGCUUCCGGUCCUGAUAUCAGCUGAAGUUUUAAUAUUAGUAAUAAUAUCCAUGCCUGUGUGGGUUUGGCUAAAAAGAAAAAACAAUAAGGCAAGAAAAUUCUUCUUGUUUCUGUUUCUGUGAGUUUAGGAUAGUUUACUUGUUUGCCAUGUUUAGAAGAAUUAAUCUGAUGUUUGUCUCUAGCGUCCAAAGAAACUCGAGGAACUGACUUACACUGAGGUGAAAAUUACAGCUCACAGUGGAGAGAGAGUUAAAAAGGAAGAAAGCUCCAGAACAAUGGACGAUCAAGAGCAGUAUACCUUUGUGAUGUAUUCAGCUGUGAAGAGGCUCACAUAAUUCAAUACAUACUUAUUUUAUUCUUUUUUAUUUUUUAGUUAUAAAGAUUCACUGUUUAAAGUAAACCACUGAGAUGUUAACUUCAGAUUUAUUUAACUAUGCAGAUGGCUCCACUUACACUAUGCACUGGGUGCCAUACAGAACAUGUGUCGCUUUAUGUGACCCAGCUCCUGAGCUAUGUCUCGUCCUGGGCUUUCCCUGGCUGCAUCAGCAUAACCCCGCACAAAUUGGGCCACGGGGUUGGUUUCAGUCUGGGGGUCCCAGUGCCCCUAGUGUUGCCUCAGGGGGGCACACACCCAUUUGCCCUGCAGGGUUAUGCAUCAGGGUUACACUCGGGGCAUCAGGGUUAUGAAGAACUGGCCUCAGUGCUUCAGAUGCCUGAUCCAGAGAAGCAGUUCAUAAUGGAGGUUGAUGCCUCCAACAUAGGAGUAGGGGCUAUCCUGUACCAACAAUCAGAGCCUACAAAGGAGCUGCAUCCCUGUGCAUAUUUCUCAUGGACUGACUCAGCCAGAGAGAACUAUAAUGUGGGGGGCCGCAAUCGGGGUCCUUAAUUUUCUAACUGGUUCAGAGUCAAAUGGCCAGAGAGGCUGAAACGGGACUUGGUAUGCUCCCUUCAUUGCCUGUCCUCCUCCAAUCCUGAAACAUGGGUCAAAAACCUGAUGUGGGUUAAGUAUGCCCAUAGCCCACUAUGGCAUUCGACUUUUGGCAUGUCGCUUUUUGAGUGUGAGUUCGCCUACUCUUUUCAUGUUUGCCGAGCAGGAUGGGGAGCUAGGGGUCCCAGUUGCAGAACAAAUGGUGGAUCGUUGUUGUAGAGUCUGGCAGAGGGUCAAACCGGCCCUCCAGGCAGCCACUCAGAGGAGCACCCACACUAUGAACCACAAAAGGUGCACAGCACCCACAUCCCGUCAGGGCCAGAAGGUCUGGCUGGUGACCAAAGAUCUGCCCCUGCGAGUGGAGUCCAAGAAAUUGGCACCACGGUAUAUUUGGCCUCUUAAGAUCUUGCAGCAGAUGAAUCCCUUGGCAUACCGCCUGUAGCUUCCCUGCUCCAUGAAAAUCAACUCCACAUUCUGUGUCCCUAGACUGAAGCCAGUUCUUUGUAGACCUUUGGUGCCCCCUGGCGACCCAACCCCUCCCCUUCUCAUGGUCAGAGCCCCGGCUUUUACAGUACGGCAGAUUCUGAACUACCAAUGCACUGGUGGGACGUCAAGAAUUUGGUCAAUGGGGCAGGCUUCCUGUUUAUUAGAUAUUUAAGUGAUGCUCACAUUCACCAUGUUGUGAAGUAUUCUCAGUUUCUUUGCUUAGCAAGCCUUCUUUAUUGUCUGUAUUGCAUUAAUGUGUAUUCAUUUGUUUUCCUCUUCAUGGAUUCGUGGAUUUGUUAGCCACGCUGACUGUUUACCCAUGUACUGACCUCUGGCUGAUUCUACCUUUUGAUUCUCAUUUCCUGUUCGGAUU